AAGCUAGCUAACUUCCUGCUUAAUCUAAACUGUUGUUUCAAUAAUAAUCGGACUUGUUCCCAGCGGCGGUUGACAAACGUGUAGUGUUUUAUCCCAUUAGAGUUUACACAAUCCCAAACGUGGUUAAAAACGUGUAUAUUAACGCUGCAUACGAUUGCAUUGCAUUGUUCUUGGUCAUUUUAGGUGUGUACGUUCCUAUUUCAUGGAGGAAAGCUGAAGUAUGAAAAUGUCUGGCUGACCAUUGCUUGUAUGCGGAGAAUGAACAACAAGUUAAUUCGAAGUUCUAUCGCUAAGCCUCUGUCUGAAGCUUUUCUUUCUCAUGGUGUAGAAAUGCACAGUAGUCGACUUUUGUUGUGUACUCAAGUAGCUCGGGCAAGGCUAUCUAUGUAUUACCAUGGACUAAGUUUGGGAAAGUGAUAGAAAUACAUAUCAUAACGCAAUAUUGUUUAUGUAAUAUACUAACUGCCACUGCGUUGGUGUGUACAUUUUGAAAUGGCCAUUAAUGCGCUGAAGAACAUAUGAGUUGUCUAGGACUCAAAGGCCGAAGUUUGGGACUUGGCCUCGUUGUGGGACUCCCCAUCUUAGUUGUUCCACCAAGAACCUCCAGAUUCUCCAUGCGUGUUGAAGUCUACUGGAGGGAUGGACACCAAUCUCCUAAGAGCUGUUACCUCAUUUGGUGUUUUGAUGAUGGUGUUGGAGGGCGCCGUCUUACACAGAUGUGGUAUGGCGUGUUUCUGUGGGCAGCGGUCUCUUCUCUGGUCUUCCACCUGCCUGCAGCUCUGCUCUCCCUGGCCACGCUGCGUCAGCACAAGAUGGCCCGAUUCAUGCCCAUUGCCAUCCUCCUCAUGGGCAUCGUGGGACCAGUUUUUGGGGGAGUACUCACCAGUGCAGCCAUAGCAGGUGUGUACAAGGCGGCAGGGAAGAGGAUGAUCUCACUGGAGGCUCUUGUUUUUGGGGUUGGACAGUCGUUUUGUGUCCUCAUCAUCUCCUUCCUCAGGGUCCUUGCCACCCUUUAGCAGUGCUGAGGCCCGUCUUGCUGGACCCGAUGCUGCCGGACUUGGUGAUACAGUGGAGAAUCGAAGCACUUCACUGAACUGUCUGGCUGAUGCAGAAACAAAUGAGCCUUGUCGGAAAUGAAGUCUGGUUAACCCCUUGGCCUUGCUGUUAUGCUGUACAUUUUGGAGAAUGUUUAUUUUUUUAUGGUUGUGUAACUUAGCUCUUUGAGAAUGUGUGUGCUCUCUGGUUCUGUUACAGCAGCACACAUCGGCGGUUUAACACCUUGACAGUAAUAACUUGAGUCUGGAUAUUUUCUGUUCUGUUUGAAACUAGUCGGCAUCUUCAUCAGUCUGGUGGCCUUUGUGCUAAUUGGGAGCUGCUUUCUGUCUGUCUGUGCUGGAGACACAAAGAUACAUCAGUCCUAUUGAUGAAUCUUUGUGUCAACACGGGGAAUACGAAACAUCCGUAGUAUUUCAGAUGUUGUGUUCUUGUGUUGAAAGAAAAAGUUUAUAGGUCAAAGCAAAUGUGGUUAAGUGAACUGUUGGAUGCAGCACUAAAUUUCCAUGCAUACCGACUGAACCGUCUCAGGGCAAACUAAGUUCAGCCUCGCCCCUUACACUAGACUCACAGAUGGGGUUGAAGUUCAUGUUCUUGGAGCUACUUAAAGCAGCAGGAUAAAACAGGCAUGAAAAGGCGGUUUCACUGAAAUGCUAAACCACAACACUAAAACAAGAUUAAGUAACACUAACAAAGACAGCUGCACAAAACUCCCUGCUCAGUUGGUGCAUGUGGCUUUAGACCUAUUUCCACUAAGAAAAGAAAAGGGAAAAAAAUUAACGAUCUAGGAAUGCAGUCUAAUACACAAGUCCUGCAGUAAAUCAUCCUUCAUGAAGAUUAUAAUGUUCAGUUUGUGCUGAAACUGUUUUAAAGAGGCUUUAAUUCCUCUGUAUGAUCACUUUGGGAGAUACAGUUUUUUUUAUUUUUGUUUUGUUUUUAUUUCCUGGCAGAAAUGGGCUUUGAUACAGGCCAGUUGUCCAGUACUGUUUGUUUUGAAAAGAGAACUUCAUGAACUCCCUGACUGCCGGGAUGUUCUCCGAGUUCUCUUUUUGGUUUUACCAGGAGGUGAUGUGCACAGGAAUCUGGAACAAGCCAUCUGAUUUCAAUGUAGACAUGCAAGAUGUCUUAAUCUAGGUUAUCUCUGAUGGAAUACCACACUGUCAGAAGUGCCAGACAAAGUAAAUGAUUGAAUAAAAUUACAAACGUCAAGGUAAUGCUGAGUGGCUGCUGUAAUGGAACUAUUUAUUUCCAUGGUCCACAUUCCUGGACCACCUUUGUUCCAUUUUUACCAGAUUCAAAAAGUUUUAAAGUUGAUUUUACUAGAGUAAAUUAAGUGCCAUUGGUAAAUAUUUUCAUGAAAUAAAAAUGUUUCAAGUAAA